AUGCCCAUCUGGUCUCUGACCUAUGAGCGCCUCGAGAAACUGCAGAGACAGAUCGAGAACAAGAAGGCCGAGCAUGACGCCCUGCUCGCUCUGAGCGAGAAGGACCUCUGGAUCAAGGACCUCGAUGAUUUCGUGGCCGAGUGGGAGAACCAGAUGGCCUUGGACGCCGAAAUCCAGACCAAUAUCCGCAGACUCGGUAGGCGUGUGUCGAAGAAGAUUGGCGCUGGUAAGGGCCGCAAGGCCAAGAAGGACGACGAUGACUACGCGCCUGCCGAGAAGAAGCGUGCUGGCGCCAAGGCUAAGGCUGCUCCCAAGGUAACGGAGAAGGCAGCUGAGAGGUUUGCCGCCAUGUUUGAGAAGGCAAAGGUGAAGCCCAAGAAGGAGGAUGCUGAGUCCGACGCCUUCUCGGACGACGACUUUGCUGCUCUUGGUCGCAAGGGCUCUGCCAAGCCAACGGCUCCUACUGAAACCACCCGCCCGAGGGCGGCGGCAACUAAGAAGAAGCCCAUCUAUACCUUGAGCGAGUCCGAUGACGAUGAGGACUUUGCCAGCCUGGACAAGAAGAGCGCUUCAGUUCCAGUCGAGUCCGCGACCGAAGACAAUUCCUCACAAAGCCACAAACCUGUGGCGGCCAAGAAACCUUCACCUCGGGUGGAAGAGUUGGAAAGCGACGACGACUUCGAGAAUUUGGGAAGCAAGAAGAGCUCCAGUGUGAAGCCCGAAACGAAGCCCGCAGCAAAACCUGCCGCAAAGCUUGCAUCAGUCGAGCCUGAAACCAAGGGCAAUACUUCUCGUACGCAGCGGGCUGCUUCCACGAAGAAGUACGUCCUCGACGAGUCGUCUGAGCUGUCUGAAGACAACUUCCAAAGCGUCGAGGAGAAGAGCGCUUCUCCUGAGCCGGCACCCGCGAAGCCCUCAGCUAACGGCAGGGGCCAACGAGCUGCCGCGACCAAAAAGUCCAAGUACAUCCUGGACGACGAGUCAGAGUCUGAAGCAAACGACAGCCAGAUCGGAGACAUUGGCGCUCUGGUUCGGGGCAUCGGCGCGCCAAAGGCAGAGACGGAGAAGGGCCGGCUUAGUCUGUUCGCCAUGAACCGACCUGACGGACGCGACUCGACUCUGCCCAAGAUCAAGACCAAGGCGUCAAGAAACUUCGAUGACGAUAGCAUCGAUGACACCAACUACGAAAUGCUUGCUCGUUCGUCUCCUCACAAGACGUUCACCAAGGGCGAUGACAUCGACAGCUUCUUGAGCGACGACGGUGCCCCUGCUGCCAAGGCUUCCAAGGCAUCCACGUCCAAGGAGGCCAAGUCUGCCCCUGCCGCCGCUGCUGCACCUGCGAAGAAGGGUCGUGGCCGCCCUGCGGGAACGAAGAACAAGGCCAAGGAUGCCGAAGCAGCACCCGCGCCCAAGGCCAAGCCCAAGGCGAAGGCUGCCUCCAAGCCGACCACGCUCUCUCCUGCUGCCAAGGCAUACGCCGCGAAGAAGGCGACCAAGCGUGUCUUGAGCGACGACGAGGACGACGACGUUGAGAUGGAAGAGCCCGAGUCUCCGCCUCGGCCGGCUGCUAGAGGCAGACCAGGACGAGCGGCUGCGGCCAAGGCGAAGGCUAAGCCUACCUAUGUCAUCGACGAUGAUAGCGAAAUGGAUGUUGACGAGCCGGAGAGUGAUGACCCGUUCGACAUGGACAGUGAUUAA